CGCGAGCUCUCCCGGCUAGGUGGAUCCCGGUGGAGCGCCCGCCUGGCCAGGCCGCUCAUGGACCUCCCGCAGCGCCCGCCGCGCCCCGCGCCGCCGCUCCCUGCCUCACGCCGCUCGCCGCCCGGGCCCCCGCCGGGCUCCGACACGGGCGACCUCCGCGAGAUCAUGGCCAUCACCGACCAGGGCCUGGACGAGGCGCAGGCCAGAAAGCACGCUCUGAGCUGCCAUCCGAUGAAGCCUGCUCUCUUCGGUGUGCUCUGUGAGAUCAAGGAAAAGACAGUGUUGAGCGUUCGUGGCAUUCAGGAGGAGGUCCCCCCGGCACCCCCGCCCGACGCUCAGCUCCUGAGGCUGGAUAACAUCCGAGGGCGUGUCCAGGCGGCCGGCCCAGCAACACCAGGUGGCUGUCCAAAUGACAGUGGCCUUGAGCACUCUGACUACAGGGCCAAGCUGUCCCAGACCCGACAGAUUUACCCCUCUGAGCUAGAGAAAUGUGAACAGGCCUGCCGUGAGUUCACCACGUGUGUCACCAAGCUUCUCCGGGAGCAGAGCAGGAUGAGGCCUGUCUCGCCCAAGAAGAUCGAGCACAUGGUGGGUGUCAUCCACGCCAAGUUCAACAGCAUCCAGGUGCAGCUGAAGCAGAGCACCUGCGAGGCCGUGAUGACCCUGUGCUCGCGGUUCCUCGAUGCCAGACAUAAGCGGCAGAAUUUCAGCAAGCAGGCCACAGAAGGGCUGAAUGAAUAUUUUUAUUCCCAUUUGAGCAAUCCUUACCCCAGCGAAGAAGCCAAAGAGGAGCUGGCCAGGAAGGGUGGCAUCAUGGUCUCCCAGGUCUCCAACUGGUUCAGCAACAAAAGAAUCCGGUAUAAAAAGAACACAGGGACGUUUCAAGAAGAGGCUACCAUUUACACAGCUAAGACGACAGAGGACGCCACCCGAGUCGGGGGCCCGGGGAGCCAGGCCAGCUGCCCUUCGAUGCCCAGCUGCACUUCCUCUGGCCCCUUUCCCGUGACCAGCCCCAAUGACGAUGACACACGUACCCCUGCGGUGCUGGCCUCCCUUUGGCCCGCCCCUGGGGGAGGCAGCCUCCUGGCCCAGACGCGGAGCCCAGGUGGGUGGCAGGUGAAGCGAAUGGUGACUGCUUCCCCUGCUGGAGACCCCGGCAGUGUCACCUCAGAUGCAUCUAAUUGAGCGUUGGGGUGAGCAGAACCGAGGUGUGACCCGCCGUGGUUCCCUGGCACUCGUGUCGCCUCCGAAAACCCAGAACUGACAGCAGACGGCGCUCCCUGAGCUGACGGCAGGCGGCGCCUCUGGCUUAUCAGCUGGGAUUGGAAAUGGACGGAGGUGCUGCACGUUCUGCCAACUCCAUCUGGUUUUUUUAAUAGUAAUUUUAUGGUGAAGACUGUGACUUGUUUCUUCUGGGACCUGGCACAGAUUCUCGCAUAAAAAUUUUGCGCUGAUUUUAACUUCAACGUCCUUCACUCCCAGAUUUGCUCCUGGAAAUUUGGUCCCGCAGACCGCGCAGGCGCAGGGCUGCAGCCCUGCAGUUGUGCGAGGUGUGACUCUGUCUGCUCACGAGUCCAUCCGUGUGCCGACUCGCCCGGACACCGCCUCCCACACUCUCUUCUCUUGUGUCAUCUCGUGCAGUUUAGACUUAAGUCUGUUGUGAGCUCAGAAUUUUACUGGGAAUUGGUUUGGCACUUUUCUUUUCUCUGUUAAUAUAAA